GAAACGCUCUGCACUCGGUGAGAAAUAUCACAAGUCUCUUCCCAGAAGCACAGUGCUUUUGGGCCAUGAGCAUAAAUUUUCUAUUCAAGGGGCUAUUAUAUUUUAAAAUAUAUUUUCAUGCAAAGACAAAUUGUUCUCUAGGCUGCUACACUGCAUUCUGUUGCUAGACUUUGCUGUUAUAUUAUCUUAGGUCUCUGUAACUAAUUAUACCACUUUUAACUCUUCAUUAGUGGGUAUCAGUCUAUUAACAACCUGGACAAAGAUUUACAUUUUAUAUGAAUAUCAAAACUGGUCAAUGCAGUUAAUGUACGUACAUUGAGGGGGUUUUUGUUUGCUUGCACAGAGCUGCCAGGCACAGUGAAGAUCAUGUCUCUGUAAACGUAAAGCUCAUCUCGGGUGCAUCCCCUGUUUUCUCUCCCCCAAGUCCGUUUCAUACGAUGGGGGACUCGGCCAACGCGACCAUCGGUGGCAGCUCCGGCGGGACGCCCUGGCCGGCCACGUGCCCCCGGGACACCGGGGCCACCCGGCUGCUCUUCCCCGUGCUCUACAGCCUGGUCUUCCUUCUGGGGCUCACACUGAACAGCCUGGCUUUCUGGGCUUUCUUCCACAUUCCCACCACAUCCACGUUCAUCGUCUACUUGAAAAACACGGUGAUCUCUGAUUCCAUAAUGACCCUGAUGCUCCCUCUGAAGAUCCUCGCGGACUCCGGCCUGGGCCUGUGGCAGCUCAAGGCGUUUGUUUGCCGCUUCUCCGCUGUAGUAUUUUAUGAAACCAUGUACAUCAGCAUYGUGCUCCUUGGUCUCAUUGCGUUCGACAGGUUUCUCAAGAUCGUGAGACCGUUUGGGAAGUUCUGGGUGCAAAACGUCAACUCGGCCAAAAUCCUGGCGGGCCUCGUGUGGCUCUUCUUCUUCGCCCUCUCUCUGCCCAAUAUGAUCCUGUCGAACAAGCAGGCGACGCCGCGGUCGGUGAGCAAGUGCGCCGCGCUGAAGAGUGACCUGGGGCUGAAGUGGCACGAAGCCGUCACCUACGUCUGCCAGGUCGUCUUCUGGACCACCCUCGUCCUCAUGCUAAUCUUCUACAUCGUGAUUGCCAAGAAGGUGUUCGAGUCUUACGCGAGGACAGAGAGGAAGGACAACAAAAGCCAACAGAAGAUAAAGGCAAGAGUCUUCAUCAUUUUCACGGUGUUUUUCCUGUGCUUUGCCCCGUUCCACUUCAGCAGGAUCCCCUACACGCUCAGCCAGACCAGGAGCGGGAUGGACUGUGGCCUGCGGAAGCGGCUCUUUGUGGCCAAGGAGAGCACGCUGUGGCUCGCGGCCACCAACGUCUGCAUGGAUCCCCUCAUCUACCUGCUCCUCUGCAAGCCCUUCAGAGAGAAGGUGCUGGGCACAAGGGCAGAGGCGCUCACGAAGGCGGCACCUACGAAGCCCGUGCCCGAACCGGACACCACCGUGUCGGCCACCGGACCCUGAGACUGCAGCGCCGAGCACCCGACCCUCUGCCUGGACGGUUACCCAGAAGCCAAGGAACAACCGGUUGCAYUGUGCUGUACAAAGCAGUA